GUUAUAGGUCAAUAACCAUAUUUAACGGAGCCGUAAUAUCCGGAUCUUAUGACCCGAUAUCCGGAUAUUUCGGAUAUCCGGAUCUCAAACCCUACGCGCAGCGAUUGUUCCGAGACAGUUUGUUUGACACUUUUGACGGGCAACGAGCACAAAUCUUUCUUCUGGCAUUAAAACGGAACUAUUGUUUUAAACAAUCAUUGAGUGAACUAAGUAGUCUAACGUUUUCGUAAGUAUAUGGAAAAACGCGAUUUUUCGAAUUUAAUAAACAUUGAGCGUACCUGUAUUUAAUUUGUUGACUGUCUGUCUGCAUACUCAGAAACCCUACUAUUUUUGCAGUACAUGCCACUACUCGUGCCUCAAGAGCCGUGCUUCGUCGGUGCAUCUACGCGCGUUCCUUCUCUUGCCACUAAUCACGCGCUUGUCGCUUCUGUGUAUUUAUUGGUCUACGUUUUUGGUACUUGAUUACAAAACUGCAUGUUCCGUAUAAAAAUGCCAAUUUUUUAUGGAGUGCGAAUUUAAACAAAAUCAAAUGAAUAUGAUUGCAUCAAUUUCCAAUAGUAUUAAAAUUUCCCCCGAAGUACAACGACAGUAAAACAUGAAAAACUACUUUCCGGGUGUCGCACCAUGGUGCGAAUUUGACAUUGGAUUUAGAUAUUUUUUCUAAUUAUUUACUCAAUUUGCACCGAGUACAUUACUUUCCCCAGACCCGCAAUGGCCAAAAUAGUUUUUUUUUAAUGUUGUAUUUUUUUUUACCUGUUCCGUAGCUUAAAUUAACAUAAAUAACACGUGCGAAUUUAGAUAUAAGUGUUGUAAAACGUACGCCAAAUUACACCGAGUACACCUUUUUUCUCUUCUUAGUUAUAACCAUUACAUUAUUUUCAGCCGAUUUCACCCCUUUCCGGGGGGGUGAAUUUAGUAACGAUUGUAUAAAGUUCGAUUUUUAGCCCAUACAAAACAAUCCGUAGUGAUUUUAUUAGUCCUUAGAAUUAGUUCCUGACUUUAGUGAAAUUUGAGUUAAUUUGACCGUACUAUAAAAGCACGUCAUCUAUAUGAAUCAUCUACAAGUAUCUCUUUUUAGUUACUUGAAUUUAGCGUAGAAAUGGGACAUAUACUUGAAUUUUACGUACAAUACAGAGACAAAAAAUAGUCUUGGAUUUUAAAAACGCCAAUAUUUUGAAAAAUACAGAUCAUUUCACAAAAACAGUUUUCGAAAAUGUUGGAGAUACUUGUUUUCUGCUUAGGGCAGCCGAGACAUGGUUAAAGUGGAGGCGCUUUCCAUAUAGACUUUCGUACAUUGACCCGCCUGUUGCUAUCUCUAUUGCACGUGAAUAAUUAAAUUGCUGUCAAGCUUGCACAGUGACAUUGACAACCAGCAUCACGGGUUCAUGAGGCGGGACAGCAAUAUAAUUAUGCGCGUGCAAUAGAGAUAGCAACAGACGGAUCAGUGUACGAAAAUAUAUAUGGAAAACGUCUUUGCUUUAACAGGAGAGAUGUUGCUUUUACGAAAGCGCCCAAUUCCUAAAUAACUACUGCCCCUACGACCUCUGUCAUGUUGAGACACUGGGGAGCAAACAUGGCAAAAACGGAAGUGAACGACGUCAGAGGUAUAUAAAAAGCAGAAACGCACUGCCAAUCCUCCAACCUCCUACCGUAAAAUUGAAGAAAGGCCCAGAAUGCGAAUGUUAGGCGGCAGCCACCCCGCCCAAGGGCAGGAAGUCGCCAAAGGGCCGGUAACAGCCCCCGCCACCGAUGUACGUGCGAAUCAGCAGCAGCGCAUCGCAUGUAUGUACUCAUGCCAAAUUGCUGCUUUUUAGUACUAAUAGACAGAGAAACGGAUAUGGCAAAACUACAAGAGUUCCUAGUUGACUACGGAACCCUAAAUAGCUCUCUGUCAGGUCGCUGCGUAAAUGACGUUCUUCGCGUAGCAAAGACAAAGAUUAAUACGCAACAAGUCAUGUUUCAACACGGUCGGCACACUUAAGUGGGAAAAUAAAAUAGUACCUACAUCAACAACUUCAAUUAAUUGCGCAAGUCUUGUCCGUGCACACAGGGGCGCCGGGCGCGCCUGUGUGGCGCGUCGGACAGGUGCGGGCCGCGGCACUCGCAAGGGGGCCGCCGGCGUGCUCGCUCUCCGCUCGCCCGCGUCCUGGGACACCCUUUGCCCGCGCGCCCGCUAAAACUUCGCUAUUUUAUUUUGCCCAAUAACGUUAAACUCUUUAUUUUCUCGUUUUUUAAAUGACGACGUGAAUUACAAUAAAUUCCGUUAUAUAUGUGAUAGUAGUGAAUUGAUUUUAAAAACGAUUGUAAUUUAAGUGAGUGAUUGAUUCAAUAAGCUGGACCGCCACUUAAACUUACCGAUAGUUUUCAACAUUUUAAUUUGAAAAAUAAGUGGCUGCACCUUGGUGGCGGUACCAGGUUGUAAUCAAGAAUUCUUUCAAAAUGAGUCAUUUACAGUCCAUGUACUACAUUUAUGAAAUAAGGUGAAAACAUUGAAUAGUAAAUAUGAGCGCCGAUUCCUAAAUAAAUACUAUAUUGGCAUAGAUCAUCAGUCAUGACUGAUCUGCAGAUUUUUCAAGAGUUUACCUCCCCAACAAGAUACUCUAUUACCGAGCUAUCUGAUGGAACGUUGUACUAUUCCUUCAACGACAGCGUACUUACGACUCUAGAUUACGACGAAAAGGAGUUAACUGACAGAGAAAACCACAACGGGUGGUUUGCUUCCAUGGACCUAUGGAAAAUUAAUAUUUGGGCCAUACUUGCAUCAAUCCUGGUAGUCUGCACGGCAGGUGGAAAUAUCCUUGUCUGCAUGGCGAUAUACCUAGAAAGGAGACUUCAAAAUGUCACUAACUACUUCUUGAUGUCACUGGCUAUAACAGACUGCAUGGUGGCGGUACUUGUGAUGCCUUUAGGAAUAUUGUCACUAGUAAAAGGCCACUUUCCGCUGCCGGCCGUGUACUGCUUGCUGUGGAUAUGUUUGGAUGUACUCUUGUGCACGGCGUCUAUCAUGCAUCUCUGCACAAUCAGCAUCGACAGAUAUCUUUCACUUCGCUACCCAAUGAAAUUCGGGCGGAAUAAAACAAGGAAACGUGUAACAGUAAAGAUUGCCUUCGUUUGGAUUUCAUCGACGGCUAUGAGUCUACCGCUAAGCCUUAUGUAUUCGCAGGAUGUAGAAUCUCUGCUAGUUGAUGGCGUAUGUCAGAUUCCCGACCCAUUGUACAAGUCAAUUGGAUCUAUCGUCUCGUUCUACAUACCGCUAGUUGUGAUGAUGGUGACCUACGCGCUGACGGUGCAACUGCUGGCGCGGCAGCGUAAGGGGCUCGGAGCUGGUUGGGCAACGAGCUGGCUUGGGGCUCCUCCAAUAGAACGGCGCUGCACGUGGCGUCGGUUCCUUGGAAACAGAAGCACACCACAGCACUCCGCCGCCUCUACCGACACAGAAUUGCCGCCCAUCGAUACCAGGGAUCUGUGGCUUCAGGAUUCUAGCGAGCCUGCCCCAUCAGCAAUGACCGCACUGCAUCAGUUUGGGGCUGAGAUGUUGCGCCUGUCUCGCGGCUUGGAAGCUUCCGCUGCGUCUAAACCACAAUAUAGCGGAUCUCAUACAUCAGAACGUGCCGGUAUAGCCACACCUGGUUCCAUAAGCGUAUCAUCUAGCUCACCUUCGUCGAUGCAUCGGGAUAGACGUCGACUGUCAGCUGCUGUCGAUGCGGGUACAUUGCCACUUCGACCAAGAAGCGCUUCUGACGACGAAGGUAAUGAAGGACUGCUUGUACCCAAUACCUUGACUACAAAAUCUCGUAGUUCCGAAGAUGGUCUGCUCCUGCCGCCUCCUUGCACAUGUCCUUAUUUUGGCAAUGAGUCGACUCCACCGAGGCGUAACACAGAUGUAGUCAUUGUACCCGGAGGAGAUGUUAAUGAUUGUAACGGGUUUUCUCGUCUUAAAAGUGAUGAGCCUUCCAUCUCCUACUCGAGGCGUUCAAGUCGCGGAGCAUCUUCUAUGGUUACAUGGGAAGAGGAAAGGAGGUGUGGAAGGAGGGGUUCAAGUUUCGGAGUAGCUAGAACCACAUUGGCAACUCCUGUCCGAAAUAUGCAGACCCGAAGAUCACUAACAUCUCGAGCACAACCGGCCAACCCAAGUCCAUAUCGUCAUGCGAACCCAAGGACGCAUCACUCACGGAAUUCAAGCGUGAUAUCUCGGAACUCUUCUCGUCACGGUCGGAUAUUGCGUCUCGAACAGAAAGCUACUAAAGUUCUUGGAGUGGUGUUUUUUACGUUCGUUAUAUUGUGGGCCCCUUUUUUUGUCCUUAAUAUGCUACCAGCAAUUUGUCCGCGAUGGGAGAAAAACGUACCCUAUUGGGUGUUUGAUUUCGUACUGUGGUUGGGUUACUCAAGUUCUAUGGUAAAUCCAAUUUUCUAUACAAUAUUUAAUAAAGUCUUUAGACAGGCUUUUAAGAAGGUGCUGCUAUGUGAGUAUUGCCAGGGAUCAAGAUAGCCCGCCCCAUGGGAGCGCGUGCGGCCGAACUCGGACCCCGGCGUGAGCGCGCUCUCAGUCAACAGAAACAUUCGAUCUCAAUUUGUAUAAAACAAUAAAGCUUGUCAUUCUUGUUAUUUCUAAUAAUUUAUUUAAAAUGUAUGAACUGGAGCUUCAGACCGAGAUUUAUAGUAUUCUGAAACUUCUUGCCAGCAAUAGGUAUGUUUUGGCCGAUUAAAUACUUACGUUUGUUAGUAGACACUGUUACUCAUAUUGUCACCAUUACAUUUGUUUUGUGUUAGAAUAUUUGUAUCAAAUGAAGAAGAACAGGUAGAAAACUUAUAAAUGUUAAUAAACCAAUAAAAAACAAAAAUAAUACAACUAAAUAAUCUUCUGUCAUAUUUGCUGAUUUUUGACUUUGACAUUAAUGAUUGACAUGAUAAACAUGAAAAAAAUUAAAGUGACCACUGGCAAGGAUUUACAUUAUGGAAGGUAGAGGCAAGGAACAAAAUCUCCUUAGGCAGAAACGUUGCAAAAGUGUCCAGCUGUCAGCUGUAAAUAAUAGUUCCAAAUCUCUCCAGACGGAGUGAAGCGCGCUGUCUAUGAUUAGAUUUUUUUCUCAAGUAUUCUAGGUAUUGUAGCGCCACCUAUUUAUGGUUUUUUGUCGGACACUUUUUGGUAUAUGGAGAUUCUGUUCCUGGCCUCUACCUUCCAUAAUUUACAUAAUGACAUUUAGUAAAGUAAAAGGAAGUAGACAGAGUCUAGCUAUUGGUAGAAGAGCUGACUGCAAAUUUUAUAACCGACUAGAUACCGCGAUGGUAACCAUAAAAGUGAUGCUAAGUCCGAAUUCGAUUCGACAUGUAAAUUUCUAACUGCUGCAAUAACUAUUAUUGCGGCAUCAGAUGGGUUAAAUCAGCCCCCCAUUUUCGCACCGGAAGUGGCCUUCUUUUUGUACUUUCGGCAAGUUCCGCCAUGGUAG